GCUCCCCUGGCCUGCCCGGGCAGCCUGGGAAGGAGAACCAGGGAAGCCCAGCGUCCCCUCCUCCCGGGCUUGUGUGUUGGACCAGCUGAACCCCGGGGCCUUGGGGGUGAACCUGGUGGUGGAGGACAGAAAAAGCAAAAGAAGGCUUGUGCUGAAGCAGGUGGAAUGCCUUGACGAUCACCAUGCCAACGAGGCCCUGGAGGAGCUGAUGCCGCUGCUGAGGCUUCGGCACGCCCACAUUUCCAUGUACCGGGAGAUGUUCAUCACGUGGAACAGCCAGACCUCCUCCUUGUUGCUCUGCCUGGUGAUGGCCUACAGCGAGGGAAGCUUCCAGAAGGUCAUCGAGGAGAAGAGGGAGGAGAAGGAAGUCAUCGACUGGGAGUGGAUGUACAAUGUGCUGGGCCAGGUGCUGGACGCCCUGGAGUUCCUGCAUCAGCUGGACAUCGUCCACAGGAACCUCAAGCCCUCCAACGUGGCCCUGGUCAAUCGCAACCAUUGCAAGCUGCAGGACCUGAGUGCAGCCGCGCUGAUGACCCACAGAGCCAAGUGGACCAUCCGAGCAGAGGAAGACCCCCUUCACAAGUCUUGGAUGGCGCCCGAGGCUCUCGACUUCCACUUCACGGAGAAGGCCGACAUCUGGUCCCUGGGCUGCAUCAUUCUCGACAUGGUCAGCUGCUCCUUCCUGGGGGCCACAGAGGCCAUGCUGCUGCGCACGUCCAUCCGGAGCCAGCCGGAGGGCCUGCAGGCCGUCCUGAGGGCGGUGCGGGAGAGGCGGGUCCCCCACGUCGAGACCUUCUGCUCCCUUCUGCCCGAAAUGCUGCAGGUCGACCCCUCGGAGCGGAUAACGGUCAGGGACAUCACUGAACGGGCCCUGGAGAACACCAACUUCAGGUCCCCAAGAGGCAACCUGGCGCCGUACCAGCGGGCGGUGCCCGAGUUCAUCUCCCGCAUCCUGCUGGAAGGCCACCUGUCCAGCAUUUUAGAGGUCAUGUACGACUUCCCCGGGCGGGCUGAAGUACAGCUCGAGGUCAUGAACAAGCUCCUGACGAUGCCCGAGGACCAGCUAGGUCUGCCGUGGCCCGAGGAGCAGGUGGAGGACUUGGUCUUCAUCAUGAAGCUGCACCAGAGCACCCUGGACAUCCAGCUGCGUGGCAGCUCCCUGCUGCUGCGCAUCCUGGGCCCAGCGCUGGCACAGGACCCGGCCGCGGAGGUGCCCAUGGGCGGCGAGCUCGCCUCCUUCCUGCUGAGCACCGCGCAGAGCCACCCGGAGGCCCGGCAGCUCACGGCGCUCGUGUACAGUCUCCUCACCAUCAUCUGCAGCCAGGGGCUCGCUGCAGAGGAGCUGCAGGAGGCCGGGCUGCUGGAGCACUUGGUGGAGCACCUGGGCACCUGGUCCGACCACAGGGACGUCUCCCUCGCCAGCCUGCGCCUACUCUGGACCCUGCUGGUGGACGCUGACGCCAUGAGCAAGGACCUCUUGAAGAAAGCCCCGGCCCCCGUUGCUGAGUUGCUGGCCACCUACCCAGCGGAUGCGGACAUAGCUGAAGCUGGCUGUGCGGUCCUCUGGCUGCUGGCUAUGCUGGGCUGCAUCGGGGAGCAGCUGUUUGAGGAGGUGGUGGCUCUGCUCCUGCAGAGCAUCCGGCUGCACCAGGACAGGGUGCUGCUGGUCAACAACGCCUACCGGGCCCUGGCCAGCCUCGCCCAGGUGUCCGAGCUGGCAGCACUGCGGGUGGUGGUGCCGGAGGAGCGUGGCAGCGGCCUUGCCCUCACCAGGGAGACCUAUGCGAGGCACAGGGACGACCCGGAGGUGGUGGAGAACGUGUGCCAGCUGCUGGCCCAGCUCAUCUCCUACCGGGACAUCCUGUGUGAGCUGGUGUCCAGCGGCAUCGGGGCCCUGGUCCAGGAGAUCAGGGGGCGCUUCCCCUCCAGCCUGGAGCUGGUCUCGUAUGCAGAAAGCGUGCUCCUGAGACUGGGGGAGACCGGGCUGCCCCACUCCGCCAGCGCCCAGGGGCUCUGGCCUGAGGACACAGACACCCUACCUGCCCGGAGCCCUCUCCCCGCCUCCAGGGCCUCACACCGGAAAGACACCCUCCUCAGGGCCGGGCAGGCGGCCACGUGCGGGAUUCCGGUCGCCCUGCGGCCUCAGCCCUGGCCUGAUCAGGCUGCCACACUGGACGGACGCCGCAGGUCUCCCGACCUCUCUGAACAGGGACUGAAACAGGCCCCACCUGAAUAAAACCUCGUUUAUUAGUUCCUCUGUUCCGCAGGGGCCCGGACCUCUCUGCGCCUGCGGCAGGGUGGUGACGCCCUGGGCUUCGCACACACGGGGGCUCCCGUGCCUUCUUGGGGACCCUGGGCCAGGCCACCCAGGGCGGCACACCACUGCCCACGGGGGAGGCACUGCCUCAGGGACUGACCGGUGUCACCUCGCUCGGGGGCCGCUGUGGGCGCUGACCUCGCUCAGCUGGGCAGGCGGUAGUGCAGGGGCAGGAAGGAGCACCGCCACCGGGAGUCGCCAAGUCCAAAGGCGGCCGCGGAAAACUCCUGGCUGGGGUUUUGGCCAAGCUGACCGGACCCGGCCCGGCCAGGGGAGAGGCUGUUCUCAGGGGUGUGUGUGCUGCCACGCCCUCCACUCUGGGGAGGCGUGGUCUGCCCCAGGACAUGGUCACCGGUGCCCGGGGUCGGGGACGCUGCCCGGGGCGGUGGCAGCCGGGCGCCUGUCCCGGGCCUGGCGCUCCCACUCCUUCUUCACCAGGAUGUAGAGUCUCAUCGCAGCCUGGGCGUCCUGGACCUGGAUGACACCAAGUACCCGUGACUGUCCCCAGCAGGUGACAGCACAGCCACACGAUGGACAGUGGGUGGGUGAGGAGGGAGCCGAGCAGGGCGGCGCUCCUGCGACUCGGGGGCCUGGGCACAGAAGGUACCUGGGGGCCCGGGGUGGGGCAGUUGGGGGGGCCUCAGCGGACGGCACAGGUCAGGACGUGGGCGGAGGGAAGGCGCCUCCAACCCGAUGCUGGGUGGGCAUAAGGCACCGGCACAGCAGCGCCAGGUCCUGGGCCCCACGGCCCCACACUGCUACCCCGUCACCAGGGCCCAUCACAGAGGCACUCUGCCCACUGCCCACUGGGGGCAGCUAGGGUUCCACCCCCUGUAACUGCCCCCCCAGGGCCAGGUCACUUUUUACAGCCCUGCAGGUGACAGGCGCUCCCACGGCCAGGGCAGGGACGGCCACCACCCCGCGGGCCUCGCCCGGGACGUGCUCACCGAGCAGUGCUCCGCCUGCUGCACCCGGAUGCCCAGGACCCUCUCUGCCAGCAGCUUCAGAGACGGCCUUCCGCUCUGCAGGGACAGGGACAGCCACGCUGGGAGGGGCCCCACCCGAGUGCCCUGCCCUGCACCUGCAGCUAACAUCCUGCUGACGGCUGGGCCCGGGGACAGGCUCCGCCUUGGGCACCUCCAAAGGUCUCGUCAGAGACCCAGAGACCCGGACACAGCCCGGCCCGGUCACACCAGCUCAUGUGGGUGACCUUUAGGACUACUUCUUCCCUUGGGGCUCCUUCUAGUCGGGUUGAAGGGGAGACGAAAACCCCCAGGGGCCAGCAAAGCCACUGUGACAUGGACGGCCGCGUGGACGCACCCGCACUUGGCUCUUGAAAGGCUUGUACUUCUGCGUGUCCCGGAUCUUCCUUUUCGGGUGGUCGAGGAGGAGCACCUGGGAGGAAAGACCACGACCGUCGCUGUCGUUUGGAGUCCCCAGUCAUUACUCAUGUUUUUCAAACGACCCCCCUACAAGGAAUUCCCAUAUCACACACAUGAAUAAAGAGAAACUGCUGUGAACUUGAA